AUGAUUAAUUUAACGUCGAAAAGAUGGAAAAUGAUAUGCUUGCAAGAUGUUUUUAAAGCACUGCUUUAUUUAUUUGUUAUAUCUACUCAUUUAUCGUUCGUAUUUUAUUAUUUUUGGGUUCACGAUGAACCAAAUUUGUUGGCGUUAUUUGCGUUCAUCGCCUUGGCUAUUUAUAUUCAUGCUUUUAUAUUUCUUUCAUUAUUAGCGAUAACAAAUUCAGUUAUUAGUUUAGCGCUUCGAUAUGGAAUAAAAAACGGCAUUUUUAGAUUAUUCGUGUCUCAUAUAUUUUUGUUUCGAUUAUUUACUAUUUUUGUGUCAGUUGGAUUUGUCAUUGCUGGAUUCAUUGCAACUUCUUUGCCACCCGUCAUUCGUAAUGUGACAGUUCCAAUCAAAAAUUUGCCACACAGCCAAGAAGGCUUGAAUAUUAUACUUCUUACUGAUCUUCAUAUUGGGCCAACCGUUGGUCGUUCAAAUAUACAACGAACUGUGAACAUAACCAAUUCGUUAAAUGCUGACAUAAUUGCAAUAUCGGGUGAUCUUAUUGAUGGUUCACUGAAAAAUCUAGAAAAUGCUGCUUUUCCUCUCAAAGAAUUGCGUUCUAAGUAUGGCACAUAUUUCGUAACAGGAAAUCAUGAAUAUAUACAUGGUAAUAUAACGGAAUGGCUUUAUUAUCUAAGCAGUCUUAGUAUCAAAACUUUACGAAAUGAACAUGUUGCUCUUAAUAUCGGAAAUUCAGUAUUGUGCCUCGCUGGCGUUGAUGAUUUGUUUGCGGAACGUUCACAGUCUAUUCCUGGUCACAAAAUGAAUUUUAAUAAAGCGUUAAAUUGUAAUGCAAAUUCAACAGUUGUUAUGUUAGCGCAUCAGCCGAAUGCAGCUAAAGUUAUUUUAAACGAAAAAGCGAAAACUCAAAGAAUUGAUCUUAUUUUAUCAGGACAUACUCAUGGUGGACAGCUAUAUUUACUCGUUCCGUUGAUUUAUAUACUCAACUCAUACGCGCGUGGUCUUUAUUAUCACGAUAUGUCAUCAGCAUAUUUAUAUGUAUCAGCAGGAGUCAAUUAUUUUGGACCACCUGUAAAAAUCUUCGGAGGCUGUGAAAUUAUAUCCAUUAAACUUCAUCGAUCAAAGUGA